GUGAACUCACAGCCUGAGCUGAUCCGUGUAGCAAUAAUACACCUAACUAAACACACCAAAGUGCAUCUGACAGGGUGAACAGAAAUUGCAAUGUUGCUCUUGCUUCACAAUCAUGUGAUUUCCACUCUUGGAUGUUUGUGACACCUGCCCCUCAAAGAUCUGCCUCACUGCUUCUCUGAGAGACGGUCUUCCUUACAGCUGAGGAGUCACUUUCCAUUCAGCAGAGAAAAGGGUUAAGGGUGCGGCAGAAGAUACAGGAGUGUAUAUCCAGUAGUGGACCAGCUAAAAUUUGAGGAAGAAGCCUUUUUGCUCUACAGGAAAUGUUGGGUGACGAUGGACAAAGGUACCAGGAGACACAGCACCAUGAGAGCUUCCCAAAUAAAGUGUCAGACAAGAUGAGUAGGGACCACAAACAGGAGAAUGGCAUGGAAUCAGCCUUUGCAAAUAAGCAGCUUGAAAGUCCUUCAUCUGAAGAGGAACCACCAGCUGCAAACAUCAGCCAGAACCCCAAAUACCAACUCUUUCUUGCUUCAGAUAUAGUUGGGAAAGUUUCCAGGAAUGAAACAAAUGAAAAUGGGCCCAGAAGCUCCCAGUGGGAGAGCAGUAAUUCUAGAUUUGGGUCUAACAACCACCGUGGGUCCCUGGAGUCCCUGGCGUCCCGAGACUGGGAUACUAUGUCAGACAGGGUGGGUGGUUUUGACAGUCCACCAAGGGUGUUCAACAGCCCCUACGCUGCUCAUUCAAUUGACCACGUUUACAGAAAUGCUGAGUACAAGGAUAUGAUGUCACCAGCCCCAUCUGACCUCAGCGUUUUUAGUUACAAUAGCAGAAGUGUCAGUCCGGUGCCCUCCCCCACAGUCUCUGCCUCCCGUGGCCGAUUCCCUGCGUACGACACUUUGACUAGAAGGCGAGAGCCCAGUACUAGUCCCUAUCUCCUGAAGACAACAGCUCCUUAUAAACGGGAUUAUAUUGAAGAACUCACAAAGCAGCUUGAUGAAAUUCAGAAGAGAAACCAGUUCCUUGAGGCUGAGAGCAUUGAGAUGGAUAAGGAGAGGAACCAAAUCCGUUUUGAAAUGAGGGGACUGCUGGUGCACAAUGAAGACCUGUUCCGGACGAAUACCCAACUGCAAGUGGAGAUGAAACGAAUGAGGGAAAAUAUGGCAGAAAUGGAAAUGGAGAUUUCAGCUCUGAAUGAGCGCUUAAGACAGCAGGAGAGGGAGUUGAAAGAAGCUAGAGAAGCGAUGGUGGAGGCCAACACUCAAGAAUUCGCAUUUGGCUUCCUGCAGCAGGCUUUGAAGAACAAGAUAGAAGAUGCUGAAGAAGCUCUGGAGAAGCAGACGAAACAUUCCCAGACAUUAUCUGAAAAGCUCUGGCAUAUGGAGAGGGAAGUGGAGGAGCUGAGGGUAGACAAAGAGAUGCGUGAUAAGAAGAAUUCAGAGCUGAGCAACACGGUGCUCCGCCUAGAGGCCGAGCUGGGAGACGCUUUAAAAGCUGCAAGCCAGUCAGCCAUAGAGCUGAGCCUCCAGCAGAAGCUGAAGAAUGAGGCCCAGCUGCAGGUGGAGGAGCUGGAGGAGAGUCUGCUGGAGAACACGCAGGAGCUGGACAAGGCCCAGCAGAUCGUCAGGCGGCUACAGGGGGAGAUUGCUGAGAAGCUGACUGACAAAGAGAAAUCUCUGGAGGAAGAGAUCCAGUUGCGGGAACGUAUCCAACUGCAGUGCAAACAGGCUGAGAGGACAGUAGAAGAUCUGCAGAUGGAGCUGGAGGCAAUGGCCCAAUCAAAGGAGGAAGUUGUGAAACAGUUGAAGCAGACCCAGGAGAAGGUCAUUGAUCUGGAGAGUGAUCUGGAAGAGCUGCUUGACAAUGAGCAGAGGUCGACCAGCAAAUACAAAAGAGCCAGUGAACAGGCAGAACAGUUUCAGAUGAAGCUGAUUCAGGAAAAAGACCUUAAUGACCAGCUGGAAUAUGAAAAAGCCAUUCUAGAAAGAGAGAUCAAGGACCUACAUAAAGAGAUACAGGAGCUUCAGAAUACCAGGGUUCAAGAUGACAUCAUCAUCAAAUUUGAAAGCAAAAUCAAGGAUCUAGAGAACUCCCUUCGGACAGAGGAGAGGAACAAGGGCAUGCUAACAAACAACAUUGGGAAGCUGGAAAGAAAGGUCAGUGAACUGAUGGAGCAGACAGAGGAAGAGCGCAAGCUGGCCAUGGAACAGAAAGAUCUGAUGGCCCAAAGGAUCCGCUCCCUGAAACGGCAGCUUAAUGACAGUGAGGAAGAGGCGGGUAGAAAGGAGGCACAGCACCGGCACACGCAGAGGGAGCUCACAGAGGAGCGCGAGGCCACAGCGCGCCUACAGAAGCAGCUGCUGGAGCAGAACCUGCAGAUGAAGUGGAAGGACUCUCUUGUAAUGAGACAGACUCUUGAAAAUCGUAGAAUCGACCUGGAUAAAGACGAUGAGCAUGGAAUUGAUUCCACGACGAGCAAGGACUAAUGCCAAAACUUACAUUGCAAUGUGAAAUGCACUUACACGAAAAUGUAAAUAUCAGUUUAAUUCAGUACAAACUCAAGCCCAGUGUUUAAACCUUUCUGUGACACAAAAGUCAAAGUGACUUCAGAGACCAAUUACAAUUUAUAAGGAAUUUAUGUUUCCCAUGAGAUUAAUUGGAAGUUUUAAACAUAACUAGUUUCUUUCCAAAACAGGACAUAGCAGAAUAUACUGUAGCACAGACAUUACUUGAACAAUAAACAGAUUCAUAGAAUAAAGUAUUAUUUCGAUAUGUAUUAUAUAUUAAAAUAAAUAAUAUAAAUGAAAUGUAUUCAUAUUAAAGAAACAUUUAAAAGUGUUUUAUACUGACAUAUUAAAUAUAGAUUUAAUAUAUUUUAUAUAAGUAAGACAGAUAUAUUACUGUUAUAUACAAAUUUUAAUAGGUUUUGAAGGUAAAUUUCAGAUCUCUGAAUCUAUUCUAUGGGCAUUGUCCUGGAGACAUUGUUUUGUCAGAAAAGUCUGUACCACUCAUUUAGAAGAGGUAUUUUUGGGGAAACAUAUGAUCGAAUAGGUGCUUUUGCUGAAGAUGCCAUGCUGACAUACUUGGAUACUUGGAUGGGUUAAGCUCCCCGGAAUGUAAAUCAAAUUGUCACUGUAACACUAAAUGGGAAUUUUCUAUUGUUUAUAGUUACCUUUGACGGUUAUUAGAAGGAAGUGUAUGUAUGGUGUUAAAGCAAGUAAAUCAGAUUAAAAAAAAAUAAAAUAUACCUAAUUUUUGGAA